UGACAAUGUCCCGACACUUUCCAUAUUUGGCAACUGAUACCUUAUAUGGACACUUUCUCGACGUUUCCAUUGAGAUGGAAAUGGGGGCCUCUCAUAACGAAACUAAUGUAAGUUUUAGCUUUCUUUGAGUACGGCAGUCAAAUUGAGAGCAACGGCGUGAAUAGUUCUAUAUUUUUGAAAAGUAUGGCUAUAGACUACUACAAAGUGUUAAAUAUUUCUCGGCAAGCAUCCGUCGAAGAAAUCAAGAAAAUGUAUCGUCAAUUGGCGUUGAAAUAUCACCCCGAUAGAAAUAGUAAUCCUGGAGCAUCAAUCAAAUUCAAUGAAAUAACCGAAGCAUACGUCGUACUGAGCAAUGAAAUCAGCAGAGAAGAAUUUGAUCGCAAUGGAACAAAUUAUACUUCAAACUCGACUUUCUCAUUUUCAGCGAUUAACAAAGAUCUUGCCCAAAAAAUCUUUACUCAAGUUUUUGUAACUACAUGUAAUAGAAAAUCUGACCUUAUUGAUGAUCUCAUAGACUUGGGAAUGAAGGUUGGGAAGAGGAGAGCUAGCACUGGAGAUACGACUUUUAAGCCGCCACUGCCGUCCAAGCGACAAAUAAUACAAGAUCCCCCAAUCUAUAAAGACUUACGUGUCACUUUGGAAGAAAUCAAGUCAGGGUGUACGAAAAAAAUGAAAAUCACUAAAACAGUCCUAAAUCCGGAUCAUAUCACAUCAAGGAAAGUAGAAAAAAUUUUGAAAAUCGAUGUCAAGCCUGGCUCGAAAGAAGGAACGACGAUUACCUUUCCAAAGGAAGGUGACGAGAAACGUGGGGUAAUACCAGCUGAUAUUGUGUUUGUUUUGAAAGAUAACCCACAUGAGUUGUACCAAAGGGAUUUAGACAAUAACCUCAUUUAUACAAUCAAGAUAAAUCUAAGGCGGGCGUUAAUUGGAGACACAACAUAUGAAAUACCAACAUUAUCCGGAGACAGGAAACUUCAUUUCAAUUCAGGUGGACGGGUUAUCAAACCUAAAUUUACUAAGACGUUUCCUGGGGAGGGCUUACCACAUCCUGAACAGGAUGGAAAAUUUGGUAACCUUCUUUUAACUUUUGACAUUAUAUUUCCAGACCAAUUUAAUUCUGAACAGAAAGAUCUUUUAAAAACAGUUUUAUCUUAAUGAAACUUGACUGCAAAAUAUAGUGAAAUGUAUAAUAGCUGUAUAUUAAUACCCUGUAAAUAUUUAUGGGUCGUGGAAGCGAAUGCAGAUUCAAUUACAUCACGUCAUAUUGGUAUUGCAAAACAUAUUUAUUAAUACUAAUAGAUAAGAUUCAAUAUUUAAUGAUAUUCAUAUUAUCAUUUAUAUACAGUAUAUAGUUCAAUUGAACAAAAAAAUAUGUACAUGCACAAAGAAUACUUGCAUAAAGUAUUCUUGUUGAGAAUUUAUUCAUCUAUAAAAUCUUUUAAUCUGACAAAUUUCUGACAUGUACGUGAUGAAUAUUUUUGAACUGACGUCAGAUAUAAUCGUGAACUGUCUGUGGUGCCAGGGGGCAGCAGGUAGUGCCAAUAAUAACAAGCUUUCCUUGGUAAGGAUACAACUAUUUGAAAAAUACAAGGAGAAAUUCGACGUUUCCUAACUUCCCGACGAAGGGCCUUCGCUCGAAACGUCGAAUUUUCAGGUAGUUGCAUCCCUAUCAACGAAAGCUUGUUGACGUACACAUACUCAUAGCACGAGUUAAUUGGAAUAAUUAGUUCCUGUGCUUAAACCAGACCUUUAAACUUGCUUUUGCUGUACAUCUAAAUAAAAUUUUGUUCCCAAACCACCGAUUAUUAUAUAGUAAAAUCUAAAUACAAAAUAGCAAUAACUCUUAAUACGAGUUUAUUAAUUAGUAAUAUAUUUAUGUCGAGUUCGACACACUAUAUGUUUAGUCAUUGUCCGGAAUCCAAUAAAAUGAAUCAUCUGAUAAUCAUCAUGACUGACGAUAACCAACGACUUGGUCGAAAUAUAAAAGAAUGAAUAAUGUUCUUAUUCGGAGUUGCCGUUGUUUUCAGAUUUUGUUACUGGU